GCUCACCUAACACACACCUGCUCACGCGUUGCCUCCUGUGCGACUGCGUUUCUGGGAACAAACGUCUGCGCUGUCUGUUGGACGGCAACUGUUCAGUUUACAGUCUUGGAUUCCCACUGCUCAGCUUCACGACAAACAGGUUACGCGUAUCGACGGUCCGCCGCUGGAGUUGAACGUCCUGAUCGGCUGCAGGCGGCGAUGGCAGGCUGAUGCUGCAGGCGCUGUGUUUCCCCACGUUUGUCACCUUGAGCAUCCCGCCCGGAAAACACCGCUGUGAGUUAAUACGAGCUUUUAGCUUCGUGCUGAGAAGGUUGUGCCUUCAUGUUGGCUCAGCGUGUUCAGGAAUGACCUCAUGACAUGCUGCACGCUGACAUCCAAAGGAGAAACACUGAUUGCUAAUUGGAGAAGCAGUGUUUUUUGCAGGGUGGAUGUCUUAAAUCAUGAGUGUCCCGGGACCUCAGUCGAGGCCAGCCAAUGGAGUGGCCAGAUCCGACAGCAAGAUCAGCGCCAAGGCCCUCUAUGAACAGAGGAAAAAAUACUCCAAUUCCAAUUUUAUCAUGCAUGAGACGUCACAGUAUCAUGUUGAGCAUCUCUCCACUUUCAUCAUGGACAAGACAGAGUCCAUUGCUACGGUGGACGACGCCAUCAAGAAACUGAUUCUUCUAGACUCAAAAGACAAAAUCUGGACCCAGGAGAUGCUGCUGCAGGUCACCGACAACGCCGUCAGGCUGCUGGACUGUGACACACAGGAGGAGUUAGAGAACUUCCCUCUCCCCACCAUCCACCUGAGCCAGACGGUCCUGAAUCAGACACGACACCCCUCUGUGCUGCUGCUGGUGUGUCAGGACAAGGAUCAGCACAAACCCGACAUCCACUUCUUCCACUGUGACGAGGUGGAGGCUGAGAUGGUUCAUGCAGAUAUAGACAGUGCCAUUGGAGACAACAAGCACGGGAAGAAAAUGAGGCCUCAGACUCUGAAAAUGAACCAGGAGAAGCUGAAGCAUCACAGAGAAACAAUCCUCCCCCCCUCUUCCCCUAGGGGCCCCGCACCUGCUGUGAAGGGACGAGUGGAAACCCCGAGCACACUAGAGAGACAAGCCUCUCUUCAAAAUGACGCCGAGCCACAUGACAAGCUGGCCCAGCGCAUCGAGAAGGAUGUGCAAAUCCUCAACUGUGCCCUGGAUGACAUAGAGAUCUUUGUGGCGCGUUUGCAAAAGGCAGCAGAGGCGUUUGCUCAGCUCAACCAUCGCAACAAGAGUAAGAAGAAUAAAAAGAAAGGACCAGCAGAGGGCGUGUUGACCCUGCGAGCUAAGCCCCCCUCUGAAGCAGAGUUCAUUGAUACCCUGCAGAAACUGAAGCUGGCCUUCAACCUCUUGGCCAAACUGAAGAAACACAUUCAGAAUCCUAAUGCAUCUGAACUGGUUCACUUUCUCUUCGGCCCACUGGAGCUGGUGCUGCAGAGCUGUGGAAGUCCUGAACUGGCACGUUCAAUAAUCUCCCCUCACCUGUCCAAAGACGCUGUUGACUUCCUGCGGGGACACCUCACCCCUAAAGAGACAACUAUCUUCGAGCUGCUGGGGGAUGGAUGGACGAAACCCAGAGCAGAGUGGCCCAGGGAUCAGUGCGCUCCUCCUUAUUACCCAAAGUUUCGUAAUGGCUGGGACCCACCGGUGGAGCUCUUCAGAACAGCCCCAUGGGAAACAGAGGGACCGAUGGGGCCACUGGGGAGUCCCACCAGUCCUGACUACAGAAAACAUUCAACUGAGGAUUUUUAUGGAACUCAUUCCUCAAGCUCAUCAGAUGGGUCUUACAACGGGAUGCCCCUCACCCGCAAAUAUGCCAAAAUUCGCUACCAUUUUGUAGCAAGGAAUGCCAACGAGCUGUCAGUGUUGCAGGAUGAAAUCCUCGAGGUGAUAGAGGAUGACAAGCAGUGGUGGAAACUACGAAAUCGCAGUGGCCAGGCUGGUUACGUUCCAUUUAACGUCCUGGACGUGGUGAAGAUAGAGGACCCAGAAGGCAUCUUCCACCAGCAUGGCUACAGGUCGUCACCUCCUGGUUCUCUGAACCAUGGAGAUGGCUUCAACAAGGGGAGACACAAAGACAGACUGAUGGAUCAGGUGAACGAUGAGUUAUUGAUGGCGAUUGCUGCUAACAAAAUACAGCCGCCCGCAAGGAAGUUCCGUGUGGAGCGAUCAUCUGGCGUCCAAGUACCACUCACUUUUGACUCAAACCCACAGCAGGUUAUAGCAUGGCUGAGCGCAAAAGGUUUCUCAAAAUCGACGGUUGAAUGUUUGGGGAUCCUGACCGGAGCCCAGCUGUUUUCCCUCAACAAAGAGGAACUGAAGGCAGUGUGUGGUGACGAAGGCAGUCGUGUCUACUGUCAGAUCACCGUGCAGAAAGCACAGCUGGAGAAGAGCAGCGGGGAUUCGGAGCUGCAGGAGAUCAUGAAGCGAAGGCAGGAGAGGAUCGACUCUGGCGGCAAAGACUGAACCAUCGUGACCCAUCCAAAAGCUUUCGGCGAAAUUUUGCCGCACCAGCUUCUUCAAUCAGUCUACAGUGGAACAUCCUGAAAAGUUGUAUACGUUUUUAAUUGUAUAUUUAUUUUGUAUCACCAAAAGUGUAUUCAAGUGUUUUCUUAUCUAAUUAUGUUGCUUUUGUUUUCGUUGCCUCACUGGGUUUUGUUGUUUGGAAAGAGGAACAUUUUAAUCUGUGUACAGUGUUUUGUGCGUCUGUGUGUGCGCACAGGUAUGUGUGCAUGUACAACAAGCAUGCAUACAUAUUUGUACAAGCAGUGUGGACGACGUUUAUGCACAUUGUCAAUAUUGCGGCUGCGUACUGAAUGACUUGGUAAAAGUGGAUAUUAGCUAUUGCAUAUCUAAACCUGUGCCAGAAUGUAUGACGCAUUUUCUAAUAUUGGCCAAUUAUUUUCACAUUACUGUUUACAGUAUAAUAGAUAACAAAACACGCUUUAUGUUAGUCCUACUGGCAGACAACAGAAGUCGUCGCAUCCUUGUUGUUAAGAGCAGCAGCAGACUUUAAUAGGAAUAAUGUUGCUGUUUAUAAUCAGACCUUCUGGCAAGCUUGCACCACAGAGAAACUGUCAAUAAUCCUGCAUGAAGAUGUUGUCAGUAAUGGUGAGAUGCUCAUUAAAGCAUUUUUAUCCAGCAUGAUAUUUUGCUUUGUGAAAUGCACAGACACACAGGGUGGUUCGGGAACAUAUGAGAUAAUGUUGUUCUGAAUAAUUAAAUGAAAAUUUCCACAAAGCUUUCAAAGGGAUUGUAAAUAUUGUGAGACACGCUGUUAUAAAGAUUGGAAUCAAAGAAUAAACUUGGUAAACGUCUGAAA